CCGCCUUCUCAUCCUCCACCACCCCACUAGCUUUUCCAGCCUCAAGGACAUCAACUACGUCAGUCAUGGUUCUCGCAUCCUUCUCGCCUCUCAGCUCUGUUGCCCGUUUGGGCGCCAGAUCCUCGGCCUUCCAGUCGAGACGAUUCUUGGCCCAGGCAGUCAGCGCCACCCCCAAGAUCCAGGAUCAGGCAAAGGCAUCCAGCUACAAGGUCGUUGUUGUUGGUGGCGGCUCUGCUGGACUCGCUGUCGCCUCUACGCUCUCUGAGACUCUUGGAAGCAAGGCUGUUGCAGUGAUCGAGCCCUCUGAUGUCCACUAUUAUCAACCUCUUUGGACAUUCGUCGGUGCUGGCCUCAAGACCUUUGACGAGUCCAAGAUGGCGAUGAGCGAGGUUAUGCCCGAGAAGGCUCAGUGGAUUAAGGACUCUGUCGCAUCCUUCGAUCCCAAGAAGAACACUGUCACCCUUGCCAACGGAGAGUCGAUCUCAUACGACUAUCUCGUCGUGGCAGCAGGAAUCCAGGUCAAUUGGGGAAAGAUCAAGAACCUGCCCGAGACGCUGGGAAAGAAUGGCGUUACAUCCAACUAUUCUCCCAACUCUGUCGAGAAGACGGAUGAGUUCAUCAAGGCCUUUAAGGGCGGCAAUGCUCUCUUUACCAUGCCCUCGACGCCGAUCAAGUGCGCAGGAGCCCCUCAAAAGAUCAUGUACCUGGCUGAGGAACAGUGGCGCAAGGCUGGAAUCCGAACCAAGACGGAUAUCAAGUAUUUCACAGGACUUGGCAAGAUCUUUGCUAUCGACAAGUACGCCAACGAACUCCUGAAAAUCUGCAAGGCCCGCAACUUGAAUGUUAACUACUUCACGGAUCUGGCCGAGAUCAGGCCCGACUCCAAGGAGGCCGUCUUCAAUGUGCUGGGAGGCGAGGCCAAGGGCACACAGCUCACGCUGUCCUACGACUUUUUGCACGUCACACCCCCGAUGGGCGCACCAGAGUUCAUCAAGUCAUCGCCCCUGUCGAACGCGGAUGGUUGGGUCGAUGUUGACAAGGAGACACUCCGCCACAACAAGUUCCAAAAUGUGUACGCUCUCGGAGAUUGUUCAAGUCUCCCCACCUCAAAAACCGCAGCCGCUAUCACCUCCCAAAGUGCUGUCCUGAAGAACAACCUGCUCGGAGACAUCUUUGGAGACAAACAGGUCGCUAAAUACGAUGGAUACACCAGCUGCCCCCUCAUCACUGGCUCGGACAAGUUGAUCUUGGCAGAGUUCAGUGGUUACACUGGCCAGCCUCAGGAGACCUUCCCCUUUGACCAGUCCAAGGAGCGUUUGUCGACCUACCUAUUAACUAAAGAAAUCAUCCCUGAGAUCUACUGGAAGUCAAUGGUCAAGGGUACCUGGGAUGGACCCGGCAAGUACCGCAAGCUUUUCCGGUCCGCCUAAAUCAUAAACGCUUUCAUUCAUUCUUUCAUUCAUACCAUCAUCACUCAAUAAAACCGGAGAUUGCUUUCUCUAUAUUUUUUUUUGCAGCU